GGAGCCUCUGGCUCGGUUUCCUGUGUUGUGUUUCAGUUGUAGGAGAGCCUGUAGAGCCCUGCUCCCCACGUCAGCUGCAGUGUGCGGAGGGAUCGGAUGAACGCGGGACUCGUCGGUGACCCUGCGAUGGACGGAAGACGCCGCUGAUAGAGUCGCGUCCAUGCUGUCCGGUUCCGUCAAGGAUUACUGCUGCGGACACCUCACAUCCAACUUUACAAACAUUUUCACGUCUGAAUCUUAAUCACAGGAGACGACCAGUCGUUGUGAAGGAUGGGAAGCCGGGGGCACUUCCGGUACCACUGGCAGAGCCAUAAUGUCAAACUCACCGGCGUGGACGACAUGGUUCUACUCACCAAGAUCAAUGAGGACGCCAUUGUGGAAAACCUCAAGAAAAGAUACAUGGAUGACUAUAUCUUUACGUACAUCGGUCCUGUGCUCAUUUCCAUCAAUCCCUUUAAGCAGAUGCCAUAUUUUGGAGACAAAGAGAUCGAGAUGUACCAGGGCGCAGCCCAGUAUGAGAAUCCGCCUCAUAUCUACGCUCUGGCAGAUAACAUGUACAGAAACAUGAUGAUUGACAGAGAAAACCAAUGUGUCAUUAUCAGUGGAGAGAGUGGCGCUGGGAAGACUGUGGCUGCCAAAUAUAUCAUGGGCUACAUCUCCAGGGUGUCUGGAGGCGGACCCAAGGUCCAGCACGUCAAAGACAUCAUUCUGCAGUCCAACCCACUGCUAGAAGCUUUUGGAAAUGCCAAGACUCUGAGGAACAACAACUCCAGCAGAUUUGGGAAAUAUUUUGAAAUCCAGUUCAGUUCCGGUGGAGAACCAGAUGGCGGGAAGAUCUCCAACUUCCUGCUGGAGAAGUCGCGUGUCGUCAUGAGGAAUCCUGGAGAAAGAAGUUUUCACAUAUUCUAUCAGUUGAUAGAAGGAGCCGGUGCGGAGCAGAAGAACAGCCUGGGAAUCACCAGCCUGGACUACUACAGUUACCUCAAUCAGUCUGGUUCCUACAAAGUGGACGAUAUCAACGACAGGAGCGACUUUCAGGAAACAAUGCAUGCCAUGGGUGUGAUCGGCAUUGCACCAGCAGAUCAGUCCAUGGUGCUUCAGAUUGUAGCCGGAGUCCUUCACCUGGGAAAUAUCACAUUUAAAGAGGCAGGGAACUAUGCAGCUGUGGAGAGUGAAGAGUUUUUAGCCUUUCCUGCAUUUCUACUUGGAAUCGACCAAAAUCGUCUGAAGGAGAAGAUCACAAGCAGGAAGAUGGACAGUAAAUGGGGAAACACAAAGGAGUCCAUCGAUGUGACCCUGAACGUGGAGCAAGCGUGUUACACCCGAGAUGCGCUAUCCAAAGCCCUGCAUGCACGUGUGUUUGACUACCUAGUCGAGUCCAUCAAUAAAGCCAUGGUGAAAGAUCAUCAGGAGUUGAAUGUCGGAGUGCUGGACAUCUAUGGGUUUGAAAUUUUUCAAAAAAAUGGAUUCGAACAGUUCUGCAUCAAUUUUGUGAAUGAGAAGCUUCAGCAGAUCUUUAUUGAGCUGACUCUAAAGGCAGAGCAGGAGGAGUACGUGCAGGAAGGCAUCAAGUGGACCCCUAUUGACUAUUUUAACAACAAGAUCGUGUGCGAUCUCAUUGAGAGCAAAAAUCCUCCAGGUGUGAUGUGCAUCCUGGAUGACGUGUGUGCCACCAUGCAUGCAGUGGGAGAGGGAGCUGACCAAACCAUGCUGCAGAAGCUCAGAGUCCAGAUCAACACACAUGAGCACUUCAACAGCUGGAACCAGGGCUUCAUCAUCCAUCACUAUGCUGGCAAGGUGUCGUACGAUGCCGAGGGUUUCUGUGAGAGAAACAGGGACGUCCUCUUUACUGACCUCAUCGAGCUGAUGCAGAGCAGUGAGACUCCCUUCAUCAGAGCACUGUUUCCAGAAAACCUCAAAGCUGAUAAGAAGGGUCGGCCCACAACGGCGGGGAGCAAAAUAAAGAUACAAGCAAAUGAUCUGGUGAGCACACUGAUGAAAUGCACUCCUCACUACAUCCGCUGCAUCAAACCAAAUGAGACCAAGAAGCCCAAAGACUGGGAAGAGAGCCGAGUUAAGCAUCAGGUGGAGUAUCUUGGCCUGAAAGAAAACAUCAGGGUGAGGCGUGCUGGCUACGCCUAUCGUAGAGUCUUUCGCAAGUUCCUCAACAGGUACGCUAUUCUGACCAAAGAAUCCUGGCCGUCGUGGCGAGGAGAUGAGAGAGAAGGCGUCCGUCAUCUCUUACGUUCAGUCCAAAUGGACCAGGAUCAGUUCCAGCUGGGCCGCACCAAGGUCUUCAUAAAAGCCCCUGAAUCGCUCUUCCUGCUGGAGGAGACGAGAGACCGUAAGUUUGACGGCUAUGCUCGGACCAUCCAGAAAGCCUGGAGGAAACAUGUGGCGCGCAAGAAGUAUGUUCAGAUGCGCGAAGAAGCCUCUGAUCUGCUGCUGAACCGUAAAGAGAGGCGGAGACACAGCCUGAACAGAAACUUUGUGGGUGACUAUCUCGGCAUGGAUGACAGACCGGAGCUUCGACAGUUUCUGGGCAAGAGAGAAAAAAUAGAUUUUGCUGACAAAGUCACAAAAUAUGACCGCCGAUUCAAGGGAAUCAAGAGAGAUAUGAUCCUGACCCCUAAAUCUGUGUAUUUGAUUGGAAGAGAAAAAGUGAAGCAGGGACCAGAGAAAGGUCAAGUGAUGGAGGUCCUAAAGAGGCAAAUUGAUGUGGGAAAGAUCUUAGCCGUGUCUCUCAGCACAAUGCAGGAUGACUUCAUGAUACUGCACGAGCAGGAGUACGACAGCCUGCUGGAGUGCAUCUUUAAGACCGAGUUCAUCAGCUUGCUGGCCAAGAGGUUUGAGGAGAAAACUCAGAAGAAGCUACCACUCAAGUUUAACAACACACUAGAGAUGAAACUGAAGAAGGAGAACUGGGGCUUCUUGAGUGGCGGCAACUCCAGACAGGUAGAGUUCAUACACGGUCGGGGAGAUAUUCCCGAACUGAAGCCUUCAAGCAAAUCGCUGCAGGUCAGCAUCGGACCUGGGCUUCCCAAAAAUACACGUCCAACCAGAAAAAGCUUUAGCCAGAGUCGCUCCAGUGUUUCCAGAACCAACCAUCACACGCCGUCACGAUCUGCUCCAGGACCUCCAGUAUCGCACCAAAACGGCGGUCUGAGAAACACCAACCAUGUUGCCAACCAAAGGAACUCCCAUCAUCACAACCAGAGACAUCCGUCGUCCGGCAGUUCCCGCCCAGUCCUGCCCAGCAACCCCAACCAGCUGAGGGAGCGAGGCAGCAGCCGCCCGCAGCCAAACCUGGACUGUCUGAGGGUUCCUGAUCAGGGAGCCGCAGGUUCUGGAGGCAGACGGCCAGAUGCAAACGGAGAAAUGGCACACAGACCAUCAGUCAGCAGACCUGCACCUGGAGGGGGGCGACCUAAACCCGCACCCAAGCCCAAACCCCAGGUGCCUCAAUGCAAAGCCCUGUACGCCUACGAUGCUCAAGACACGGACGAGCUUAGCUUCAACGCCGAUGACGUCAUCGAGAUCAUCAAAGAAGAUGCAUCCGGAUGGUGGAUGGGACGGCUCCGGGGAAAGCAGGGACUCUUCCCCAACAACUACGUCACCAAAAUCUAGGAGCUGCUGGUUUUGGAGUGCAGGACAGUGCUGUGUCCCCGCUGACCCCCAGAGGAGGACACGGAGCCCGGCAGCAGAGAGCGCAGCACAGACUUCCACCACUGCGGCCUUAGCGUCAACGAAUGUAAUGCUCAGUUUUACCAGCAGACUGUCAGGCAUGAAGGCGUGGCUCUGUUCCCAAAAUGAAGACUCUCCAACUCCUGGGUCUAGCUAUGUCUUGCAGUCCGUUUGAGUGCUGAACAAAACUAUUUAUUGUAUUUAUAGCUUUGUUUUUUUUUCUAUCUGUCGUUCAUAUCUUGUUGAGGAUAUUAGCGUAAGUGUUGGAAUGAAGUCUGCUGAAUCUCUGGGACCAGGCUGUGAUUUUUACUUUGCUUUCUGAGGAAGGAAGAAGAAAACAUGUUUUUAAUCGAUGUCAAAACUGAAAAGCUGUUUUACCAGGAAUAUUUAUUUUUAUGCAAAAACUGACUCCAGGAAGACUGUUAAUUACAUGUUGAUUCACUAUCUUUUUUCUUUUUAAGCAGAUAGACUAUAAAAACCAAAGCAACAGUUUCCUGUUUUUAAAGCAGUCGGGGCAUUGUGGUAAACUGGCAAAUCACCUGGAAAAACCUCCGUCGGCUUUAUUUCGUUGUUUUCGUGUCACGCCAGUAAGCCGCCGCCACGAGCACUGUAACCUGAGCAUGCUGUCUGUGCUGUAUUAGCACUUUAUUGGUACAGGUACUACCUUAGACACAGACACCAUCACUCAAUCGUGGCGCUGCUAGAAAGUCAAACCUAUGCGCUGACAGGUUGCCAUUCUUGCAAUAAGCCUUUUAUUAGGAACUUGUUUACGUAAAAUAAAGAACAGGCUUUUUUUUAAAAAAGAUCUGUAUAUGUGUUGAUAUGUAGGAAUACUCCUGUUGUUGGGUAGAAUUUAAAUUAAGUUUUUUGUAUUUUUUAUCUGAAGGAUCUUGGUCUGUUACUUUCCUUCUGCUUUUGAUACUCGUGUUUAGCUGCAGAUACAUUAUCUAACAUUUUUGGUGAAUGGGUUAGUUUUUUCCGAAUCAAGUGUAAAUGUUUGUUUUACUUAGAAUCCUCUUGGCUUUUUUCUUCUGUGUUCCUGCACAUCUUGUGCACUCCUGCAGUACUUAUUCUUUAGUUGUUUUUUUGUUUUGUUUUUUACAAUAACAUAGCCGAACUAUGCUAUAGUCUGUACAAACUGCUGGGACUUCUGAUAUAAAGCUGCAUUUUUUUAAAACAACAUUGGUCUUGGAUGAUUAAGAAGAUUUUUGUGCAAUAAUAUACACUAGUAGAAGUCUUUUAAUAAAGCAUUAACACAGCAUCCCAAA